AUGGGGCUCAGCAGAAUCUCAGGAGCUGGUGGGUCCAGUAUCAUGUCUUCACUGGCUGAUAGGGCCAUAGUAAACAAGAAGCGGCUGUGUGAUGUGGUUGGGGGAGAUCCGUACAGGGUCAACAACAAGCAUGAUGACAAGUACAAGCCAUUUCCUCCCAGCAAAAUCAUCCAGCGGGUGGAGAAGCUGGUGGGCUGGGAGUUGUGCUACAGCCUGACCAGCCAGAACUGCGAGCAUUUCAUCAAUGAGCCGUGCUACGGGGUCCCCCGCAGCGACCAGGUCAGAGAUGCCAUCAUGGCAGUUGGCAUCGCGGGAGUGGGCCUUGCAGCCAUGGGCCUCAUUGGAGUCAUGUUCUCAAGAAACAAGAAACAAAAGCAGUGACUUUAUACAGUCCUGUCUGCAGUGACUUUAUACAUUGAGCGGGUCUUGUUUGCCUAGUGGGUUUCUGCUUUGGAUUGUAGUUUUCAUUCUAUUUUACAAUAAGGUUUAUUUUCACAAGAAUAAAAUGAAGCCCAGUAAGGAAAGAUUUAAUUGGGAUUAAUGCAUCAAGAAGUGCCUGGCAUGAAGUCUGUUCAGGGUGCAGCGAGGCUCUGUUCCUGCUGAUGCCAGCCUGUGCUCUGGCUCUUAGGUGAUUUUCUCUCACUUUUGAUUUGUG